AUGACAUUCUCAGCUGGGCCUCGUCGCUCACUCAGACGGACAAUUGUAGCAGGACUCAGCCGCGCAAGCGCUCUAAUAAUAGGCCGCCUCACUUCCAAGUACACUGAUACGCAACCCUCUACCGGAGACGCAAUCCGAAAAUACUGCGAAGCCAACAAGAUCGCACUACGCUCUGUCAAAGUCCCGAUACUUGGUAGAAACAGCAAAGAUAUGGGAACAGCACCUCCUCCUCCGCCGCCCGCAAUACUACACAUGUUGUCAACAACGACCCCGGGGCACCGCGUUGUUCUUUACUUCCACGGCGGCGGCUAUACUCAACCAGCGUUCGAGCCCUCGCAUAUUCCAUUCGCUCUCAAGCUGGCAGCGGCUGCUAAUGCCUCUACGCUGGGUGUUCUUGAAUAUGGGCUUGCACCUAAACUACGUUACCCAGGACAACUUGUGCAAGGUAUCGAAUCGCUCAGAUAUUUACUAAGCUCUUCGACUGCUGGUGGCGCAGGAAUGGCCGCUUCCAGCAUUGUUGUCAUUGGCGACUCGGCAGGCGCGAAUCUCGUUGCAGGUGUUCUUGCUCACAUGCACUGUACGAGCCCAUAUGCCGAUCCUCUCAACCUGACGGAUAGGAUUGGUGCAGCGGUUCUGAUAAGUCCCUGGGUCAGUAACGGAUUCAAUAGCGACAGCUACGUGGCCAACGCUAAGAAGGAUACCAUCGACGUAAAGGGUAUGAUAGCAGCGAGGGAGAAAUGGAGUCCAAAAACCGAAGAAGUUUGGGCAGAUAUGUUGGAAGGGAAAAUACCAGGCAGUGAGGAUCAAGCCAGUUUUUGGACUAAUGUUUUCAGCGGUCACGCAAGAGCUGUAGAGAAAGCGGUCGUGACUGUUGGCGAAGAUGAGAUAUUCCUGGACGACAUUAGUGCUUUUGCUAAGAUGGCUGGAGCGAAGUUAAAAUCUUCAGAUCUUGGAGAGGAUGCAACAGCGACAUUGGUCAGAUGUCCUGGGGAAACUCACUGCGGGGCGAUGCUUGAUGCGCUUAUAGGGUUGCAGAAGGAGCACUCUAUGUUGUCAGAGGUUAUGAUGUGGCUAGAAGGUUUAUAA